AUGGCAAAUGAUAAUUGCAUCGUUGUGGAUAAUCGUGACAAUGCUCUCUCGGUUGCAACCAAAAGUGAAUGUCAUUUUAAGGAAGGUCUUCUUCAUCGUGCGUUUAGUUUAUUCAUCUUUCGUCAAAUUCCAAAUAGCUUGGACCUUGAACUUUUAAUGCAACAACGGUCUUCCUCAAAGCUGACUUUUCCGUCACUUUGGACUAAUACAUGUUGCAGUCAUCCAUGCAUGAAUUAUACGGGAGAAGCAGAAGAACGCGAUGCAAUUGGAGUUCGACGUGCUGCUCAACGAAAAGCUGAGCAUGAACUUGGUAUUGAUUCAUCAAGGCAACUCCUCUUAGAAAAUAUUCAUUUUCUAACUCGAAUUAAGUAUUCCUCUCCUAAUGAACCAGUCAAGAACGAUUGGUGUGAACGUGAAGUCGAUUAUCUCCUUGUUAGCGUUCUCCCUGCCAGUGUUAAUUCUGAUCUCUCUACCUUUUUAAAUGUAAAUUCAAAUGAGGUGGCUGGAACGGAAUGGGCUCGAGAGGAUUCGAUUAACACGACAUUUGUCAAUAAUUCUCGUAUAUACACUCCUUGGUUCCGUAAAAUUAUUCGAAUGGGCCUCCUUCACAGAAUCUUCAAUUGGGCUGGUGCCAAAGCCACCAAUAGUGAAGCUUUCACUUCUUUGGAUAAAAAGAUGACUCUUGGUGAAUCAAAUAACCCCUCUCGUCGUGGAGGAGCAUCCUUGAUUGGUUCGUCAGCUGCUGCGGACGAAGCUGCUACGCAAGAUAGCAAGGACAUUGAGCUGCUGAGUGAGCUCUACAGACGAAUGGAUCGCAUUCAACCUACGAUUCCAGAUCGCGUCUCAACUGUCCUUCUCGAAUCCGCCGGUGUUCGCCUAAAUCCUGGCGAAGGUGACGCCCGAUUGGCCCGUCUAAUAAGUCUUGCCGGUGAAAAGUUCAUUACCGACAUUCUCACCGACACCAUGAUGCAUUGGAACCUUUCCAACGGCCAAAACACCGGUCUCCUUGCUAACCCAACGUCUGUUCAGUCGACUCCAGCUUCCAAAGACACCUCCGGCAAUCCCUUGGCUGGACAAGGGGGGAAACAGGCGGGAUCUGGAACAGCUGGAAAGCCUUCGCCUAACUUGACGAUGGAAAAUUUGCUAGCUGCCCUUCGAGAUCGCAAUAUCCCAGUGGCGAGGCCACCUUAUUAUAAGUGA